GCCAACCCGGAAGUAGGGGGUUAAACCUGGUGCUCCUGAAUGCAGCAUAUGUUGAUCAUGAAGCUGGUGGGUUUCCCUAAGAGCUGAACGCGAUCAGGAGCAGAAGACUGAGAUUCCUGCAGCCGAGAUGCUGUUGUUGUUGUUGUGCAGCUUGAUGUCACGUGUGAAAUGAGCUGCUAUGGCCAGAGGUCUGUUAGCUCGGGCCUGGAUCUCCAACACGUACCUCUUUCACGUUCGGCUGUCCUACAUGCGGGUGAAGUACCUGUUCCUCACCUGGCUGGCGGUGUUUGUGGGCAGCUGGGUGGUGUAUGUUCAGUACUCGUCUUACACAGAGCUGUGCAGAGCGCAUGAGUGCUACACCACCAUCUGUGAUAAAUCCAGAGCCGGAGUGAUUGACGGCUCGGCCUGCAGCAGCCUGUGUGACAAAGACUCGCUUUACUUCAGGAGGUGUCUCUCAUCUAAAGCCAGCACUCAGGUAUACACAGCGAGCUGGGGCGACGUGGACGCGGUGAUCAAGUGCCAGCUGGGCGACGUGCUGCACUAUGAGCUGGGAGAUGAGCUGGAGCCCAGGAAGGAACCGGUGCUAUUCGACAAACCCACCAGAGGAACGUCGGUGGAGAAGUUCAAAGAGAUGGUGUACGGUCACGUGAAGGCGAGGGUUGGGGAGCAGGCUGAUCUCACCACACUGGUGUCACUGGUCCUGUCGUUUGCGGAUGCUGAUAAUGACGGACGCGUGUCGCUAGCGGAGGCUCGGUCAGCGUGGGCUCUCCUGCAGCUGGACGAGGUUUUACUCAGCGUGGUUCUGCAGGGACGCAGUCACACUCCCAAGCUGCUUGGUUUCUGUGGCGACCUGUACGUGGUGGAGCGAGUCGCGUACACGCCGCUCUACGGUCUCAACCUGUCUCCGGUGCUGGAACCCUGGAUCACGGGUGUGGUCGGACGCGGCCUGGAUCACCUGUUCGCUCCGUCGUGGCCUCGGAAAGCGAAGAUCUCCAUUGGGCUGCUGGAGCUAGUGGAGGACGUUUUCCACGGGACGUUCGGCUCCUUCCUGCUGUGCGACAUGAAGCCGGGAAGUUUCGGGUACACCGAACGCUACGAGCUGCGUCUUUUAGACGGACGACACGUCGUGCCGGAGGAGGCGUUCAGACGCGUCAUGCGAGCUCGGUCGUGCCAGGAAGAUUCGGACUGCGUGUACAGCGCAGACUGCAGAGCGUCGUGUCGCAGAGCCGAGCACCACUGCAGCCCCGAGCCGAGCCGGACCAAUCUGGCACGAGCCUGCAGUGCGCUGGAGGACUUCCUGCUGCAGGGGGCACCUGCGAGUCUGCGGGACGAGCUGGAGAGGCAGCUGAAUGCCUGCAUGGAGCUCACGGGAUCCGGUGAGCAGAUGCAGAUGGAGCACUCGCUCAUCCUCAACAACCUGAAGAUGCUGCUCUGGAAACAAAUCUCACACACCAUCGACUCAUAACGACACACACACACUGUGAGCUCACCGUGGUACCGCUGUGUGGGGGUUCGGAUCCCACAUGCUGACUUAAUUACGUAGUGUCACUCUUUGAACUCUCCUCCUACCUGUCAGUCUCAGACACAGCAACUCAAGGAGCCGUUUUUAAUGAUGUUAAGUUUUAUGGAAAUGAGCCUGGAAAUGAACUCCGCCCCUUGUAAGAACAGCCCCACCUACUUUCUCCUUUUAUUGGGUACCAUUACUUUUGUCCUCAUUGAACCGUUAGCUUCAAUCUGCAUUUAAAAUCUCAGCGGCUCCUGUGAGACGUGAAUUAAAGUCAAAACGAUGACGAUGAGCUUACAAUUGGCAUAAAUAUUGGCACCCUAACAGCAGGAGAGUUUAAAUAAUGACAGUAUCAUAUCUAAUGUGUUUGUAAGACACACUUGUGCCAUACACGAGGGAUCACUGAUCAUUCAGUGGGUUGUUGUUUUUUUUAAAUACUUUGCGUCCGUUAAUUAAAGAUGCACUAACGAUGAAGUAGAGGUGUGCGUCCGGGACUGGUUUGAAAUUCCCCCCGUGUGACGACGAAAUCCGACUCCUUCGGUCAUCACGUCGCUCCGUUUUCUCAUCGAGCGACGGUUUCCUACGUCUCCCACAACACCACGCUGAUCUCUGGAUCGAUUCGAUGCAGCGGCGCUUUAGUUUUUACGUCUGACCUGUGAAAACGUUUACCAUCGCUACGACAUCACACAUCGCUAAUCUGCGUUUUACACUGUAGCUGCGCCGCAUUCAGGGAUUUUGAGUGGUUUGCACCGACGUGUUCACUACUUCACUACGUAAAAAAAAAAGUCACAGAAAAAGAAAUUCUUGAAGUGAGAUUUUUCUCAAAUCGAACACCGCUGUAACUGCAGCACGACGGAAUCUCAGUCCCGACACACACCUCUACCACUAAACUGUGAUCAUCUCUUUUUAAGUCACGUAUUUUACACUCUAUCAGUGCUGAGAUCCUCCUUCUGCAUGCUACUUUUACACCCGAAGAGAAGUAACGCCGCAGCCCCCGUACGCCGAGAUAGAAACAGACUGAUCUCAUUCAGGUUGUAUGCCUGGACUCCGUUAGACACAGUUUUGAAAUUGAAGUAUUCGCCUCCUGUUCUGUGCCAUCACGUGACCGACCUGUUGCUGAGCAUCGCUGCUGCUGGUUAAAGGAUGAAAACCAAAAGGUUCGUUUCGAAAGAAAAAAAAUAUAUAUAUAAAUGCAUGACUUUGCACAUUAAAGUAUUUUGUUGCA